CGACUCCCCGCCAGCAACUUCACAUCUGCCUCAGUACGAAGGUGAUUUAAAGAGCAGAAGACAUGGCCGUGGUUACUGGAACUUACCGUAUGGUGUCGGAGGAGGAGCAGGCUCUCAGAGCUAAGUUGGAACGUCUCACCGUCAAGGACCACGGGCAAGUGUUUGGACCCUGCGCCAGCCUGCCAGACCACACCAGGCAGAAGGCCAAGGACGAGCUGAACGAGACAGAUGAGAAGCGGGUGUCUGCGGUGAAGGAGCUGCGAGGAAUGAUCAAGGAGAAGGCAGAUGCAGGAGAUGAUCUGGCCAAGGGGGUGCAGGACACCUUCGGAGAGAAACCGGACAGUUUGCUGGUCCGCUUCAUCCGCGCCAGGAAGUACGACGUGCCUAGAGCCUUUGACCUUAUGAAGGGCUACGUGCGCUUCAGGAAGGAUUACCCCGAGCUGUUUGAGAAUCUGACCCCAGAGGCCGUACGCAGCACCAUUGAGGCCGGCUACCCCGGCAUCCUGCAGAACAGAGACAAAUAUGGCCGUGUGGUUCUGCUCUUCAACAUCGAGAACUGGGACUAUGAGGAGAUCACUUUCGAUGAGAUCCUGCGUGCCUACUGUGUGAUCCUGGAGAAGCUGCUGGAGAAUGAAGAGACUCAGAUCAAUGGGUUCUGCAUCAUUGAGAACUUCAAGGGCUUCACCAUGCAGCAGGCGUCCGGGAUCAAACCCACCGAGCUCAAGAAGAUGGUGGACAUGUUGCAGGACUCAUUCCCUGCCCGUUUCAAAGCUGUGCACUUCAUCCACCAGCCCUGGUACUUCACCACCACCUACAACGUGGUCAAACCACUAAUGAAGAGCAAACUGCUAGAGAGAGUGUUCGUCCAUGGAGAUGAGCUGGAAAACUACUACAAGGAGUUUGACGCCGACAUCCUUCCAUCUGAGUUUGAUGGAAAAGGUGCCAAGUACGAUGGCAAGGCCACAGCAGCCAAGCUGUUCGACUAAACAUCCUCCAUCCAUUUGUCAAACAUGCAAAGAGCCGUUAUAUAUUACAAAGCCCCAUAGACUGUGGAGACUCAAAGCCCAAUCUAGCUGUGUGGUUGUAGGAAAAAAAAGUUAUGAAUGAAAGUCACGAGUGUGGGAGAAGUUAAAAUGAUGUGAGGUCCACACAAAGCACAAACAGGAAUGAAGUGUUCUCACUUACACUCUAAAGUAUUCUGUAAUAAGACACUGGAUUAUUAGAUUUGACCAUUAAUUACAGGGUACAGAUUGGUUUCCAAAGCAUCAUAAGAUUUUGAGAAUAAUUUCCUACCUUCUAAUCAACCAUUGUUUUCAUUUCAUACCAAGAUAGUUUGAAAAUCAAUCAAACAUCUUAGUUUUAAAACUAGCGUGAAGUAGGUCGUUCAUCACGAUGGCCAUUUAGUUACCUUUACUUUUUUUUAAGGUCAAAUUUGUUGUUUUCACACAGUUAUGCAAUUUUGUGCAGGAGCUACUUUGAUGCUUCCUUCUUGGUGUGUCCAGAGUUUGCAGGGAAACAGUAAUCCUUAUUACAUACACACACACACACACACACACACCACAACACACACACACACACACAAUAACUGACUCACAAACAUGAGAUCUGAGAGCUUCCUGACAGUCACCAACAAGGAAGAAUUUUCAAAACAGGCUCACAACUGCAUUACUGUAAGUUUGAACAAAAAAUAAAGAUGGCCAAGUGUCCACUUUGAUGAACUAC